AUGGCUCCGCUCACCCGCGCCACUGCGCUGCCCGCGCAACCACCCGCCGCAUCACAUCCAGACGAUUCUUCCGCCAACCCAGCGGCGGAGCGCAGCGGCAUGCACACUGCCCCUCGAUUCGUUCCGCUCGCAGCCCUCUCCGCGCGCCCCUUCCCCUCCCCCCUUGUCGGCGGAUCCACGCCCGCCAAGCCCGGGGGGCCGUUGCGGCUGGUGCUGCCGGCGGGAAUUGGACGAGCAGCGACCGCCAGCCGGGCGCAGGAGCAUCCGGGGGAGCGGCAGGGGGAACAGCCGCGCGAGGAGGCGCUCAGGGGAGCCUCCCCAGCCAGCAGCGCGCGCCCACUUGUCUCCGCCACGUCGGGGGCACAUGGCGCGGCUUCCAGGGGAACAAAAGCGCGGGGAGGGGCGGCGGAAAUGGGUACCGGGGGAGAGAAUGCGUGGGAUCGCGGGGGAGCCGGCAAGGAGGGGGAGGCGGACAGCUGUGGCGAGGGGGCGGAGAGUAUGGGGAAGGCUGGGAACGAGAGGAGAGGCGGCAGCAGCAGCGAGGCGAGCGGAGGGCUGACAGGGGAGCAGGAUAGGGGGAGCAGGGGGGGCGAGGAAGCGGAGGAGGACGGGGAGAAGGAGCAGAGGAGGCGGAGUGGCGGAGGGCGGAGGGGAGCAUCGGUGGUGAACAGGGGGGCGUGGACGGCGGAGGAGGAUGAGCGGCUGGCGGCGCUGGUGGCGGUGCACGGGGCGAAAAACUGGAGCGUCAUCGCUGCUGGUAUCCCUGGCAGGCCGGGGAAGAGCUGCCGACUCAGGUGGUGCAACCAGCUGGACCCGGCGUUGAGGCGAGGCCAGUUCACGGUGGAGGAGGAUGCGCGCAUCAUCACAGCGCACGCCAUCCACGGCAACAAGUGGGCCCUCAUCGCCAAGAACCUUCCCGGACGCACGGACAACGCCAUAAAGAACUAUUGGAACUCCGCCAUGCGCCGCAAGUACCCUCUCCUGCGCGGCCUCUCCACGCCCCCUCAAGGCCCCCCACACUCCGCCCAGGCCCACUCCGCACAGUCCCACUCCGCCUCGCCCUCCCACCCUGCACCAGCGCAGCCCCAGCCCUCCCACGCGCCCGCCCUCCCCUCUGGCAACCAGCAGGGGGGAGAGGAGGGCGCGUACGAGCGGGCAGUGCGGUUUGUGGCGGGCGUGCAGGCGAGGGGCGUGGCGGCGCUGGUGGAGGAGGUGGAAAGAGUCAGGGAGGAGGGCGUGGGGCGCAUCCGCAAGAUCCUGGAAGGUUCGCCCCUGGGUGAUGCGGCGCUGCUGCAGGCGGUGGAGAGGGAGUGGCGCGAGAGAGAGGCGCGCGGGCGAGGGGGGGAAGGGGGAGAGGGGGAGGGGGAAGGGGGAGACGAGGAAGGAAUGGCGAGUGGGGAAGGGGAGGGGAAAGAAGGGGAGGGCGUGGGGGAGGCAGGAGAGGGAGCAAGGGCGAAGGAUGGUCAAAUUUUUGAUGAGGACGCGGGAAUUAUGGAGAGGGAGGUGGGUGUAAGCGAGGGAGACGAGAGGGAAGAAGGAAUGGCCGAGGAGAGCGAGGAGUGGGGGGAUGGAGAGCAGCAGACGGUGCAGGGAGCAGGGGAAUGGGAGACAGUGCAGGGGGAGGCGAGGGUAGGGGGGUGGAGGGCGAGUGAGGCGAUAGAGGGGGGGAGAGGAGUGAAGCAGGAAGUAGAGGAGGGGGUGGAUGGCAUAGAAGAUUAUAGAGGGAUGGAAGAGGAGGGUGGAUUGUGUGCUCCGGAGCUACACGCCUCAACAGCAUGUGCUCUCCCUCCGCCCCUGGCACAGUGUGACGUCGUGCCUUUUGCCAGCCAGACUGCCGCCAACAUCAGCCAUGCGACCCAUGCGACGAGGGCGAGUGGUGGCAGUGACAGCACGCACGCUGGGGGCGUGCCUGUGGAGGCUCAUGAUGCGGAUGACUUAGUUCCACACAGUGCGGGUGGGAGCAGCAGCAGGAAAAGGCGGUAUGAGGCCUGCUGUGCGGAUCAUGUGGGCGCUCGUGCUGCCCACGGUGCUGCUGCUACUGGCGGUGGUGGUGGUGCUGCUGCCACGAGUCAGCACAGCGCCCUCACCUGCCACUUUGACCGCCGCCCUCGCUUCCGAGUGUCACCCACUGCCCUCCCUGUCACCUCGUCUGUGCCUGCACCCACUGCUGCUUCGCCUCCACUGCUGCCGCCUCCCACCCUUCCCACCACCACCCCUACUGUUACCACCUCCUCCCUCCCUCUCUCACACACCUCUCAAGGCGCCACCCAGCAGACACACACACCGUCACCAUCACCAUCCUCCCCACCACUCACUCCCUCUUGCCCUCCCUCCCUCACUCACCCCCACCACCACCAUUCCCUCGCCCCUCCACAUCUCUCCUCGCGCUUUUCAUUCGCCACUCUCCCCUCCGGCCUCUCCCACUCCUCUCUCCUCCCUGCCACCCACACUCCCUCCCUUCUCCAGCCCUCCCAACCAUCCAAUCCUCCCACACCCCUUACUGCCCAGCCACUCCCGCUUGACCGAGCCUCAGGUCCUGGUUCGGGUGAAAGCGGCCUGGUAGGUGCAGGACAGGCGGCAGCAAAACAUGGUGGCGGUGGCAUGAGGGGCGGUGGAGGAGGGGACGGGAGCAUGAGGGGGGUGGGUUUGGGGGCAUUUCAGCUGGGGAAGGUGUUUACUGCAGUGCAGGUGACAGGGGGCGAUGAGAGCUUGUGCACGCACAGGGGGUGUGAGGCCGAUGAACAGUGUAAGGCAGCCGCGAGACAAGGGGAGAGGCAGGGACAAGAAUGGGAAAAGGAAGGAGGCUGUGCAGGAGAGAGAAUUGAGAUUUCGGAGGUUACGGAGGAGGAAAGCAGAGGGCAGCAGGGGAUGGAAGUCUGUGGGUCAGAGAAAGAGAAGACCCUGUGCCCACACGGAAUAGAUAAAACCAACUCACAGCCCUUGCAGCACAGUCUGCACCCAGACACAUGCCUUGUUGGUGCAGUCCCACAGCCAAUGCAAGACUGCCACGUGGCAGGGCAGGGGCAGUGUGGGGCACGCGUGCGGCGGCACGUGCAUCGAGUAUUGGCGUCGGCAUGUGGGGUGGCCCGGCUGCUGCUGGAGGAGCUGCAAUGGCGGCACGGAAUGGUGGAGGGGCGAGCCGACGAGGAGGACGUGGAGGAGCGGUGGGGGAACGUAAGAGGAGAAGGUGGUGAGGGGCCACAGGUGGUAGAUCCGGUGGGGGAUGUGCGUUGUUGCAGUGAUGAGCGGUGCUGCUCGGUGAGCAGUGGUGCUGAGGGUGCAGCUGAGGGCAUGGCAUGCCGGCAUGUGCUGGAUGCCAUGUUGGCUGGCUCACCACGCUGUGCCUCACGCUGCUCGCCUCCUUCCUGGCCUGCGACCUGCUGCUCCUCCUCGCCUCCUCCCUCCAAGAUGACCCCGCCCAACCCGACUCGUCCCCCGCAAACCAGUCCCAAGCAAGCACUGCUGGGGGGGGGAGCCUGGGGUAGGGGUGGAGGGAGCGGUAGGGGAGGGGGGGAAGCGGGGUUGGCAGGGGGAGGGGGGGCCGGGGGAGAGGCGAGUGGGGGCGGGGAGAUAGAGCGCAUAGUGCGGUGCAGCAACCACUACGAGGUGCUUCGCCUGGCGCCCUUCUGUGCGGCUGUGGACGAGAGCGCCCUGAAGAAGGAGUACCGCCGCAUGGCAAUGCUAGUGCAUCCGGACAAGCAUGGGGGGGACGAGAAGAAUGCCAUAGUGGCUUUUCAACGCCUGCAGAGCGCAUACGAG